CAAAAACCAGACUUACAUUUAGUGAGUGGAUCUUCGUUGCAGUCGUGAUACCCGCAGCGGCGAACCAAAGCAACGAUGAAGAGGGCUCUGUUUUGCAGGGGCGCGCUUCUGGCGCAGCAGGUUGCAUUGGAGAGUUCACUGCCAGCAGCGAUUUCGCCGGCUCUGAUGCCUCGCUUCCACCGCGCUAUGUCGUCCGUCUCUAUCCCCCCGCCUCAGUGCCUGCUUAGACCCCUUGAGGCUCCUUUUCGUUACCUGUUUGGGCCGGGGCCAUCCAAUGUGCCCCCGCGCAUUCUGGCCGCAGGGGGGAGACCAAUUAUUGGUCAUAUGCAUCCAGAAAUGUUUGAGAUUAUGAAUGACAUCAAGAAGGGAAUACAGUACGCCUUCCAGACAGAGAAUAACAUGACGAUUGCCAUGAGCGGGUCUGGGCACACAGCCAUGGAAUGCGCCGUCUUCAACACCGUGGAGCCAGGAGAGACCGUUCUCGUAGCUAUCAAUGGAAUCUGGGGAGAGCGCGUAGCUGAAAUCGCUGGCAGAAUGGGUGCCAAUGUUCACACUAUGGUGAAAGCUCCAGGUGGUUACUUUACCAACCAAGAAAUUGAGCAGGCCCUGGCCAAGCACAAGCCUGUGCUCUUCUUCCUAACACACGGCGAAUCCUCUGCGGGCAUCGCCCACCCCGUCGAUGGCAUCGGAGACCUGUGCCGCCAGCACAACUGCUUGUUCUUAGUGGACUCGGUGGCAUCUUUGGGUGGUGCACCCCUUUACAUGGACAAGCAAAAAAUUGAUAUCCUGUACACCGGCUCCCAGAAGGCUUUGAAUGCCCCUCCAGGGACCGCCCCCAUCUCCUUUAAUGAAAGAGCAUGUGAGAAGAUGUUCAACCGGAAAACGAAGCCAGUGUCCUAUCUCCUGGACAUGACUUACUUGUCCAAUUAUUGGGGCUGUGACGGCAAACCGGCAAGAAUAUACCACCACACAGGGCCUGUGUCUGGCUUCUUUGCUCUGAGAGAGAGCCUGGCUAUCCUUGCAGAGAAGGGCCUAGAGAACUCAUGGCGACAUCACAAGGAGGUGGCAGAGCACCUGUAUAAAGGCCUGGAGGAUCUGGGUCUCAAGCUAUUCAUUCCAGACAAAAGCCUGAGGUUGCCAUCGGUCACCACUAUUGCCAUUCCCUCGGGGUACAACUGGAGGGAGAUUGUAGCUUACAUGAUGAAACACCACCAGAUGGAAAUCACAGGAGGCCUGGGGCCCUCUGUGGGCUUGGUGCUGCGUGUGGGUCUCAUGGGAUACAACUGCAGCAAGGCCAACGCUGACAUGGUUUUGGCGGCGCUCGGCGACGCUCUGAAGAACUGUCACAAGAGCAAGGCGUAGAGAGAACUUUUGUUUCAUGAGCAAAAGAAAGUGAUGAUCCGAAACAGUCUGCCCCAGGGGCGAGUGGGGAGAAAUCUCUUCUCAGGAUUUUUUUGUAUAUAAAAACUGUGGGCGUUGGCAAGCACUGAGAACAUUGAACACAAAAUAAAAUAAGAGUAAAACAUUUU